GGAGCUGAUGUCAGUCCGAGGCUGACAGAACACUCACAGCAGCGUCACACACUUUUCUCUCAGCUCACACUGACCGCACGGCCUCACCAUGAGAGCUAUAGCCAUGUCCUCCAGCUCAGCAAACGCACGGAUCCUGAUAAAGGGUGGCAAGGUGGUGAACGACGACUGCACCCAGGAGGCGGAUGUCUACAUUGAGAACGGCAUCAUCCAGCAGGUGGGGAAGGAGCUGAUGAUCCCAGGAGGGGCCAAGGUCAUCGACGCGUCUGGGAAACUAGUCCUGCCUGGAGGCAUUGACACCAGUGUUCACCUGGAGGAGAGUUUCAUGAACGCCACUACGAUGGACGACUUCUACAGCGGCACUAAGGCUGCUUUAGCCGGUGGAACAACAAUGGUCAUUGGUCACGUUUUGCCAGAGAAGAACGAGUCUUUAAUGGAAGCCUAUGAGAAGUGCCGCAGCUCGGCAGAUUCCAAAACCUGCUGCGACUACGCUCUGCAUGUGGGAGUGACUUGGUGGGGUCCCAAGGUGCGAGCAGAGAUGGAAAAGCUGGUGAGAGAAAAAGGAGUGAACUCCUUUCAGAUGUUCAUGGCCUAUAAGGACAUGUACAUGCUGAGGGACAGCGAGCUCUUCCAGGUUCUGCAGCACUGUAAGGACAUCGGCGCUGUAGCCAGGGUUCACGCUGAGAACGGGGAGCUAGUGGCAGAGGGUGCAAAGGAAGCACUGGACCUGGGCAUCUGUGGUCCUGAGGGGAUUGAAAUCAGCAGACCUGAAGAGCUGGAAGCAGAAGCAACCCACAGGGCAAUUACCAUUGCCAAUAGGGCCCAUUGUCCAGUCUACCUUGUGAAUGUGUCCAGCAUGUCUGCAGGAGAUGUGGUGGCUACAGCAAAAAUGCAGGGUAAGGUGGUCCAAGGGGAAACCACCACCGCCCACAGCGUUCUGAAUGGUAUGCAGUACUACCAUCAGGACUGGGCUCAUGCUGCCGCCCAUGUCACUGUGCCUCCCCUCCGCCUCGACCCAAGUACCCCCAACUUUCUCAUGAGCCUUCUGGGAAAUGACACUCUGAAUGUCGUGGGGUCCGACCACCGUCCGUUCACCACCAAACAGAAAGCUAUGGGCAAGGAUGAUUUCACAAAGAUCCCCCAUGGGCUCCCUGGAAUCCAGGACCGCAUGAGUGUCAUCUGGGAGAAAGGAGUGAUCGGAGGUAAAAUGGAUGAAAAUCGCUUUGUGGCGGUCACCAGUUCAAAUGCGGCCAAGAUCUACAACCUUUACCCCAGGAAAGGCAGGAUCAUCCCAGGAGCAGAUGCUGAUGUGGUGGUCUGGGACCCUGAGGGAUCCAAAACCAUCUCUGUGGAUAAUCAGGUCCAGGCAGGUGACAUAAACCUGUAUGAGGGUCUUCGUUGUCACGGCGUCCCCUUGGUCACCAUCAGCCGUGGCCGUCUGGUCUAUGAAAACGGCAUGUUUACGUGUGCUGAAGGCUCUGGAAAGUUUUGUCCACUGAGAACCUUCCCAGAUUACCUCUACAAGAAGAUGGUUCAGAGGGAAAAGUGCCAGAUGAUGAAAGCUGUGGAGAGAGAACCAUACAAUGGAGAUGUGGCAGUGGUGAACUCAGGAAAGAGGGACUUUGGGGCUUCAGACCUGGAUACUCCAUCCCGUCCCACAACCCGGCACGGAGGCAUGAGGGAUCUCCAGGAGUCCAGCUUCAGCCUCUCUGGUGCUCAGAUCGAUGACAACAUUCCAAAGAGAUCCUCGGCCAGGAUCCUCGCUCCGCCUGGUGGAAGAUCCAGUGGGAUCUGGUAACCAGUCAGAUCACUACUACAUGAAAGCAGAAGAAUGAUACCGGAGGGAAACGUGGCCACGUGGGACAACUUGUUUUUAUUUGUGGAAAGCUUAGGAUGUGUGUGGGUAAAGGAGUCCAUUUGUUUUCAAUUUGAACUCAGCACAGAAAUUUAGGGCUGCAAAACUUGAACUGUGACAUUGUAUACAUAAUGUUGGAGGAUAAGUUAUAUUGACCUAAUUUAAUUUCAGUUGUAGCCAAAUAUAAGCAGGAGGUUAGAAAAAUGAGUUACCAGUGAAUUAAUUUGGCUAUUGGACCAUGUUAGGGGAAGUACGUUGUAUCUUACUGAUAGUUUUAGGAAUAUUAAGGUGAGUCAUGGUUGAUAUUAUGCGAUUGUGUUACCUCACUGUAAAAUACGAUUUUGCACUUGUAUCAUGUACGAUUUAGAUGCCUUUUUUACCUAAUUUUAUGUCACAAAUGUCUUUUUACUCUGAGCCAUGAAUGCAAUGUAAUAAAUUACUACAAAUGAGUCGGCAUAAAAAUAUGAAACUAUGCCAGUGCAAUUGGCCAGUUAAUGGAAAAUAUCCGAAUACAAGCAUACCAUUUCAUGUCUUUAUUUAUUUCGACUUUGCCAGAGUUGUGCUGUCUGUCUUUGACACAGCUGUGUGAUUUACUCCCUCACCUCUUUGUUCAGUAGUUCAUCAUUGUCAGAUUUAAAACCCAAGCCGUGUUUACAGCCUUCUAACAGAACAGAGUGCUCUGUUCCACCCACACCAAACGUGAAUGAAUCUAUGCUGUGUGUCCUCUGCAUGGUAGCAUAGUUCUAAAAAGACUGUAACAAGCACUAAUAUUACUCAUGCUACAUUGCACUGUUUGUGUUCAUAUUCAUUUUCCAUGAACAACGAGGGUCUCGUCCCAACUGCCUUUUACUCGCCUGCAAACACAACAUCCUGUGAUGAUGUCCUGACAUGGUGAUCGCUGUCAUUUGAAUUGUUAUUAUGAUUUUCUUUUUUUUUAGAGCAGGCACUUUUUGCAACUUUGAUUCAUUGUUGUCUGCAAGAGAAGGGUAAAAACUGUACCCCCGGCAGACACUUCUGGUAUAACGGAUCACUGUGAAGCAUAGAGAAGGCAUUCACAUUUGAGUUUAACAGCACUAAUGGAAGUCAGCUCAUGGCACUUCUCUGCAGGAUCAGAUGCCUUCAUAUGCCAUUUAAAUGCAUAGUUUGUUUAGCAACUACAAAAGCACUGAUACGCAACUUAUCAACAACUGUAUUUUUAUUGUUCGUUUGGUUUUUUUUAGAUGUUCUUUCUUGUAUAUGAUGUAUUAGUAAAUUAUUCUUCUGUUUCAUUGUCACAUCUGUCAUAUAGGCAGACAUGCACACAAGAUUUUGCUCCUACGUAGACCCGGUUAUGUUUAGAAGAUCAUUUCCCUCCUGUAAAAGUCCAGUCCUUUGUCACAUUUUAUAAAGAUGUCACUGUUGAUCAUGGGUGUUUUAGCUACAGUGAAUCCUGUUCUGGUUCUUCCAUUCAAAUUCACACUGGUGCUGAACAAGUUUUGUCACACUGAAUUCCUUUUGUUUCUUCCUUUUUUUGCAGCUGUUUAUCACAUGAUUUGAGUGCAAAUUAAACAAUGAAAUCUCCUUAAUGGAA